AUGUCAGGAAGCGACAAGGUGAAACUGUUGGUCAUCAUCGGCAAAUCAAGAUCGCCGCGCUGCUUCAAGCACGCUAAAACGCUGCCGGUGACCUACACGGCCAACUCAAAAUCCUGGAUGACUCGGUCGAUUUUCGAGGAGUGGCUGCGAGACAUGGAUCGCCGUUUCCAGAAAGAAAUAAGACGCGUCAUAUUCCUGUUGGACAACUGCCCUGGGCACGGGCACGUCGCCAACCUUCAGGCCAUUCGCUUGGAGUUUUUGCCCGCUAACACCACAGCCAAGCUCCAGCCAAUGGACCAGGGGGUGAUCAGCAGCCUGAAAAGGCACUAUCGCCGAUCUCUUCUGCAGAGAAUAUCACUGUGCAUGGAGAGCGACAAACAGUACACAGUAAACCUGCUGACAGCCCUUCACCUCCUCACAAAUGCCUGGAGCCAGGUGACUGACAUGACUAUAAUUAAUUCAUUCCGUCAUGCUGGUUUUGUGGUGCCCGAGUGCUCGACGCAGAACAGUUGCGAAGACGACGAGGAAGAGGUGAGCCUCGUUGCCUCGCUAGGCAAUAAAGGACUCGUCGUGGACAUAGGCAGUUAUGUCACUGUCGAUGAAGAUGUGCCAACCUGCAGGGAGGACACAUUGGACACAUUGAUUUAUGAGGUUCUAGAGGUUCCUUCGAAGGUGACGUCGGAGGAUGACGAAGAUGCCAGCAUGGGGCCUGCGCCAGUGGCAAAUGAUGCUGGAGAUCUCUACAUUAGUUCGUUAAGGAACUAUUUUCAGCAGCAUAAAGGAACUGAAGUGUUUUUGAGAUCGCUAGGAGAUAUUGCGUCAUUUGUGGCUGCUCGCCGAUGUGCACAACAGCGACAGACGUCUAAUAUGGACUAG